CUUCGAUGGCGACGAAGUGAGUUAAAACAUCCAAACAAACCUUCGAUUUUCCCCACCAAAACGAUCACUGACAGCCCGCAGUUCCCUACAUAGGGACGUUAUGAAAUAUACGAGUAUUACCCAGAAACAUAUGUUCACACAGGGGGUUAAAACUCAUGGAACUGCGCAAAGCGACACGGGGGAGAAUAACAAGCCUCCGGCGGGGCUGCAAGAGAGCCAAGCCGCCCAACGCGAACCUGAGGCGGGAUGUCAAUAAAGUUCUGCGCCCGCUGCCCGUGGAGAACAACGAUGACGAAGAUGAUCCCAUAGAGGAAGAACAAUGUUUCUCCACGGGCUUCCUCAAGAACGCCAAGCUCGAACCUGCGACGCUUUUGAAGGCGCCCCGGUACAGUUUGAUACGGGAGGUGGGUCGCGGGAGCUACGGCGUGGUGUACGAGGCUAUCGCCCGCAGGUCAGGCGCCCGGGUGGCCGUGAAGAAGCUCCGCUGCGACGCGCCCGAGAAAGUGGAACUGGCGCUGGCGGAGUUCUGGGCCCUGGCGAGCAUCGAGAAGAAACACGAAAAUGUGGUGCAACUCGAGGAGUGUGUGCUGCAAAGAAACGGAAUGGCGCAGAAAAUGAGCCACGGGAACAAACGAUCCAAACAGUAUUUGAGAUUAGUGGAAACUUCAUUGAAAGGUGAGCGUAUCUUGGGUUACCCAGAGGAACCGUGCUCUCUUUGGUUUGUAAUGGAGUUCUGUGAUGGUGGAGACCUCAACCAGUACAUUCUCUCCCGGCGACCUGACCCGCGGACCAACCGGAUUUUCAUGAAGCAGUUGACCAGCGCUGUAGCCUUCCUUCACAAGAACAACAUUGUCCACAGGGACCUAAAACCAGACAACAUUCUCAUCUCGCAUAAUUCAGGAAGCCCAGUAAUCAAGGUCGCAGACUUUGGCCUUAGCAAGGUAUGUGCGGGCUGCAUAGAGAAUGAAGGCGAUGAUCGGGUAAACAAAAAUACUGUGAACGUUAACAAAUUCUGGCUUUCGUCAGCAUGCGGCUCAGAUUUCUUCAUGGCUCCAGAAGUUUGGGAGGGCCACUACACUGCCAAGGCGGACAUUUUUGCACUUGGGAUCAUAAUCUGGGCCAUGAUCGAGAGGAUCACGUUUAUCGACGCCGAGUCCAAGCGCGAGCUCCUCGGCACAUACAUUCGACAGGGGAGCGAGAUUGUCCCAGUUGGCGAAGCCUUGUUGGAGAAUCCGAAGAUGGUUCUGCACAUCCCGCAGAAGACUCGUAGCAUUAUGUCAGAGGGUGUUAAGCGACUCCUGCAGGACAUGCUAGCAGUAAACCCGCAGGACCGGCCCGACGCAUUUCAGUUGGAAGUUAGAAUGGACCAAGUAAGCUGACCCGUUAGGCCAAAACAAGCAUACAACUAUUUUCAGGUUUGCAGAGUGGUGAAAUAUGGAAUUACACGCAAAUGGAAAAUAAAAAGCGACAGCUGAUCUUGAAACUGUGAAUUUUUAUUUCGUGAUUGCUUCCAAAUAGCAGAUGUGACCUGGACUCAUUAUCUGUAUUACUCACUCAACACAUGGAAAAGCUAUGCAGGCAUAUUUAUAAACAGGCUAUUUUUCUACUUUUGGAUCCGAUUCAUUUUGUUACAGAAUCCACCAAAGGAACUCCAAACACACAGUGGGCAUAAAACACAAAGUAAAACCUCUUUUCAUCCUCAAGUCAAGAGGGACCAACAAUGACUUUAGGUCCCUCUUGUUCUCUGGUGUGGCCACGUGCUGUUGUUUCAGAGCAGAUUUAGAAAGACGUUGCACUAUGUACUCAAACAAACAUAUCCUGUCUGGAGUGAAAACUAGGGUUUACCAGACACUAUAUAUACUGUAGCUAGAUGUAGAUAACGGCGUUGUAGGAGUGAAAUAAUUGUUCGGAACGUUCUAGAAUGUUCUACAAGGUCCCUUAGAAGAAUAUUAUAAAGCUUGCAACAAUGAAGGCAAACUGUGAACUUGUGAAUAUGUGAAUAUUUGCGUACAUAGUGACCCUGUCUCUCGUAUUCGGCGGUAUUUCUGACUCGAGCAACAGCACUCUCUUUCAAAAACAACCUUUGUGCCUUAUUUUGUUUUGUAGAAGCAAGUGGAUUGGAUGGUUUCCAUAAUUUUAUUUUUAUGAAUGAUUUUACAAUUAUGUUGUUUUACCUGUAAUGCCACCGUAUUUUGUUUCCAUGGUUUUGUGUUUUCAAUGUUUUAAAAGGCGCCAUCAGAGAUCUUUAAACAAAGCAUUUUCCAAGCUGUACGUGAUUUCUGAAAGUUGUUAGUUUGAUAAAUGAUCAAGUAACCUCGCUGCAGUUCAGGGGCACUUUUGUUAAAUCGAGUUGUUUUAUUCUGUUCAAAGGUUCAGUUUUCAGACACACACAAGAUCAGGUUUUAACAUUAUGACUAUUUUCUAUACUAAUGCAGUAUUGUGUGUUAUUUGCUAUGUUGACUUGGCAGUCGAUUUGUAAAUUAUGAUUUGGUAAGGGAUCAAAUAACUUCCGUGGCUGUUAAUCUUAAACUAUUGCGAUAAGAUGGUUUUUCAUCUCUCUGAUGAACUUCACAUUGUCUUUUUCACUCGAGACAUCAAAAAAGGCAUCAGAAUAGAUGUGACAUUCACAUUGUACUUUGUCUCACAGUCGGGAAAUUGGAAGUCUUUGAAUUGUGGAAUGUUUUGUGUUCCGUUGGAAUGUCACAUGGUUCCGUUUCUAAGGGCACUAGCGGGUCAUGCAGCUUGGUUUCUUCUCCAACUGUCCAACACACUACCAGAUAUUAUAGAAAUGUGUCCGGUAGUUAGACAUUCGCUGUUUUCGUCAGUUCACGACCUUUGUUCAUUCUAAUCCUGACCACAUUCUUGACGGUUCUAGUGCUGAUGCAAAUUUUGGGGGCGCAGUUGCUAGUCAAGAUUUUUCCAGAAAAUGUUCAACCUGAUCUCACAUAAUCACGUUACUACAUCUGGAUGUUUUGUCAAAUGAUUGUUACGCGGCUCGUUGUAAGUCGCGCGCAAAUUUCCCGGUGAAAUGAACACUAGAGGCGCUUAAACGACUUUUAUUCGCUUUCGCACAAAUGCCGAGUAAAACUGCAGAUGAUCGGUACAUAAACACUUACUUUUCGCCCUUUUUCCUCACAUAGUGAUAUCGCAUCAGAACACUUAUUAUAAUUGCGCAUGACCAACUGCAUUUCACGCGCAAUUGGACUAGUAUACGAGUCCCGCGGCACUCGCGAGUCAACACGCGAGGUGAAAGCGACAAAUAAGCAACACAAAAUGACGUGGUCGCUUCAUCUCGUUGAUUUUCAUUUGCUUUUUAUGACACUGUCAGUUAGGUUUAGGUUUAGGGUUUAGGCUAUGGAGGUCAUUUUUGUCGAUCUAAAACUCGAUCGAGCAUUAACCUUAAAAACCUAGUCCGUUUUGGAGAAUAUUUAACUCACUUUUAGCACCACACUUUGGACGAUUCUCCUCGAUACUGUCACGAUACGAUUUUUGUUUAGAAAAAAUGUCACCACAGUCGCGCAGUUUUCUUGAGAUCGGGCCGGAGAUGUCACUGACGAUUGGUGUUUUCCCUCUGUUGGUUAGAAAUGAUCUGUAUUCAGUGUUCUGGUUUACAUAUGCAGUGUUUCUACCUCACUUUUACGACACAUUUUUCGACUACGUCACUUUUCCUCGCUAACGUGCGUUGCAUUGAGUUUAGUCUUUACAGAAAGUGCCGUUUGCAUAUUUUCAGUGGCAUGUCCAUAACUUGGUAUUAAACCUUUCAGACAGACUUUGCAGAUCAAUGUUUGUUUUUUAUGAUUGUAUGAACUGUGAGUUUUAAAAAGUCGUUUGGUAAUGCCGAAAUCACACAUUUAAGCUUUCUUUGUCGUCAUUUGUUACAGUAAACCAAGUAUUUUUCACCCAUUCAGUGGGCACUGCUGAAAAUGUCCCUGUUUAAAGUGUCUCAUAGACUUUUUACAGGUUUCUUAUCUCUUGGUGAACUGCAAGCUGUUCUUUCAAAGACAUAAUCCACAGUUCUGAGAACAGUGAUACUUAGGACGCUAACGGUGUGGCUAAAAACAUAGCUUACAUUUUGAAAGCACCAGAGAAUUAUAUUAGAGCAUGUUUGAUGUUCAAAGUUGUUUCUUUUGACCUCUCUGUCACGAGAAUUGUGGAUUGUGCAUGUAGUGUUUCUCACCACGAAAAACACCAAAAGACCUCAUAGACUCACAGUAACAACAUUUUGUUUGUCCCGCAGGCUUUUUCUCUCCCACUGGUCCACUGUAAAAUGUUUGCAGGUCAAACAAAUACAAUGACCAUUUAACAGACCUUUUUUUUAUUACAAAUAGCUUGGUAGUAAAGAAUACUAACCUGCAAAGAGAUACGCACAUUCAAUUAUCACUACAAACGCGACAAACUAUCUUUCUACUGAACUGUUUUGCUUUCUAUCCUCUAACCGAGUCUUGUUUCACAGAUUAUUCUGAGUACAAAUAUUUUUAAGUGGAGAAAUAUGUCUUAUUGUCGAUAUUGAACUGGGUUUGGUUAUGAGCUAUUUGAUGUAUUUGCAAAGCAAUCUUUCUGAAUUGUACAGGGACGGAUUACCGACCAGGCCAAUGGGGCCAGUGCCCAGGGGCCCUUGACUACCAGGGGGUCCUUGACAGGACUUUAAGGCUGCGCGAUCUAGUUUGGUGCCCCCUGCUUGAAAACCCUAUUGGGCAACAAGGAACAACGAACACCCCCCAACCCCACGCUCAACUUUUCACCAUGAUCAACAAACACCACAUCCACCCCCCCACCCCCCCCAUGUGCAACAACUUUUCACCAUGAUCAACAAACACCACA